AAGACCGUAGGUCUACAGGAGGUAGUGUUGAUGAAGACUGUAGUUCUAUAAGAGGUAGUGUUGAUGAAGACUUUAGUUCUACAGGAGGUAGUGUUGAUGAAGACUGUAGUUCUACAGGAGGUAGUGUUGAUGAAGACUGUAGUUCUUCUGGAGGUAGUGCUGAUGAAGACUGUAGUUCUACAGGAGGUAGUGUUGAUGAAGACUGUAGUUUAUUCUGGAGGUAGUGUGGAUGAAGACUGUACAUCUACAGAAGUAGCUUUGAUUAAUAUUGAUCCCCUUUCUGAACUGAGAUAGCAGAACUGUCCUUUCAUCAGAUCUCCUCUCCUUUCCUCAGAUCUCCUGUUGUCUCUUCAGCUCUCCUCUCCUCCAUCCCUUGUUGUGGAUUGUUUGUGUGUUGAGGUAGCAACCCAGAGUCCUCUGAGGUGUCACUGUGCCACAGGGACGUAAUGCUUGUUUUCCAUGUCUGAAUGACUCUGGUUUUCCUGCUCAGAUGGAGGGGUUUCAUUGCGGUUAACUGUGGAGACAACAGGAAUCCAGUCUGUAGAUACAGUUUCUCACGGAUGGCGUGUUAGUUCUACAUGUCAUUUCUUUGCAUCUUGGAAAUAAGAGUGACGUGGGCUUUGCUAUGUGAGUAGUGAGGGGUGGGGGACGGGGUGAGGCGUGGGGUUCUGUAGGGGUGUUUCACUAUAAGAACCCAGGGAGGGAGAGCACACACUCAGUUGAUUCAGUGAAACUCUCCAAACCUAAAGGAUAUCACGCACAGACACAGCUACUCUACUGCAGCCUGAAGAGACGCAGGGAUUUAUAACACACAGCACCCUGCACCCCCUGUCCUACAACCUCAACCUGUCCAUCCGUCCCGCCGCCCGCCAGUCUGUCCCUCCGUCAGCAGUCAUGAAGCCAGCCCUGUGGAGCAUGCUGCUACUGGUGUGUCUGUCCUCCCCUGGACGGAGUGACUGUCAGGGGGACUGCCUGGCCUGUGUCCCCCUUCUCCCUCCACCCCUCCCCCAGACCCUGGGCCAGGAGCAAGGCUUCAACACACUGGUAUGUUUGCUGGAGUGUGAGGGUCAACUCUCCCCUGCUCUUUCCUGGGAGCUUUGCCAGCGAGCCACGCUGCCCCACUACCCCCUCUCGCCAGAGGGAGGCAGUGUGUCAAAGAGAGCAGAGGAAGCAUUGUCCUUAAACAUGGUCCCUGGAGAUCUGGAGUCGGACGGCAAACUGCUCUACUCCGCAGCCAUGGAGCGCUACCAGCAAGACGGAGAGGACCAGGAGGAGGGCGCUCUGGAGCGCAGCGACGCCAACUACGACUCCUACGGCUCCACGGAGAACUCCCUGGCUCUGGAGGACCGGGAGGAGGAGGACCGGAGGAGGAGGAGCCAUGGGGAAGACACGGAAGAGGAGGCCGUGGUCCAGCUGACCAAGCGCUUCGGCGGCUUCCUGAAAGGUCGCCAUGGCUACAGGAAGUUGAUGGGCGGGCCGGUGGGGCGUCCACUCCAGAAGCGCCUCGGGGGUUUCAUUGGGAUCAGGAAGUCGGCCAGGAAGUGGAACAACCAGAAGAGGGUGAGUCAGCUCCUCCGCCAGUACCUGGAGAUGACCAGCAGCCGUACGUCUGGCCGGGCCGGGAGGUUCUCAAACCCUGGAGCGGGGCCCAGGAGGCAGCACAAGCGUCUGUAGCGUGUCUGGACGGCCAUCUUCCUCCUCCCCAUCCUCUCCCAUCCUCCCCUCUCUUCCUUUCGCAUCUCCUCCCCCUCUCCACUAUCCCAUUC